UUGGCUUAUCAUUCAUACAGAAAAGUCUGUAGAAGAUAUAUAAAUAUACUCUCUUCCACUGAGGAAAGCAUUAAUAUAAACACACAAUGUAAUGCUGAACAUGUCACAAGAUACAUAGAAACAUUGGCACUUGUUGGAGAGAAUAGAACUGAAAUAAUAGAAGAUUCUACAAAUAAAUUAAAAGAUUUCAUCAAUAAAUUAUAUCCACUUCAGAUAGUUAGGGUGUUAAAUGCAUAUUCACAUUUAAAUUUUUCAAACGAGAACAUACUUAAGACAGUGUUAAUAAGGAAUGAAGAAAUGUGUGACAAAUCAUCUCCAAAAAGGGCACUGGAACUUUUAACAUUAUACAAGUCACUCAACAUAUCGCACGAACUAAUCCUGAAUGAUUUGAGCAAGUGUUUGAUUAAACACAUGAAUAAUUACUCGUAUGAGUUGUACAAUCUGGGAAUGAACGCAAGCUACCUAAAUAUGAUCAAUCCAGUAUUUAUUGAGUCAUAUAAAACACAAACGCAUUUAAAGUUGGAUGAAUUGAAUCAAUUAAACAAGAUCAAGAACGUUGCAAGCUUUUCAAGAUUCAGGACUGAGUGUGCAGAAUUACUAGAUAUAAUAUGGAAAAAUAAAGAUAAUCUGGAUAUUAAAAAAAGUAUACUCAUGCUGAGCACGUUUUCAAGACUGAAUGAUGAGAGAUAUAAGUUAAUAUCAUACAGAGAUUCUUUAACGGAUUCCGUAAAAAAUAUGGAACUGAGCACAGAGGAUAUAUCAACAAUUUUAACAUUGAUGAGGGCUAACAGUGUUGCACAUGUGGAAACAAUUAACACGAUUGUGAAUUGGAUUGAGAUGAAAUUGAAGGAUGAAAAUUACAUAAAAACACAUCUUACAUACCAUUUAUUCAUGUUGGCACAACUGGUUCCAGAAAAAAUUGAAAAGAGGCUAUGGAGUGUGCUUCUAAGCAAAGUUAUAAGUAACACAGAGGGAUUUAUGAAUCCAAAGAGAAUGGUUCAAUUUGUUACGACCGUAGCAAUACUGAAAAGUGGGCGCUUGAUAGAACAUAUAAACAAUGAAAUCGCAACACACAUAAAAUCAAGCUACCAGAAACUGAACCUGAAAGAACAAAAUCAACUGUACGACUGUGUAUUCCUAUUGUACGGAAACAGUGAAGAUGAAGUGCUCCAGAGAAUUGUGAGGGAGAACAGGCCAAAUAAACUGCCGCUUAUGUAUGGGAAUAUGAAAAACGUACAAUUGGGAAUGAAAGGAGGGAAAAGUGUACUAUAUAAAACAGACAAGAACGGCAAAUUAGUAGCACACAAAUUCGUAGCGGAAAACCAAGCACUGAAUAUAGUGAACAGGGAAGUUGAAAUGGUGUUGUCACCUACCACUUUAUUGGAUCUUAAAGUAACAAAAAAACUCCACAAAGAAUUAGAAGAAUAUGAAAAUGAAGUGGAAAUAAUAGUAUUGAACGAAAGAUUGAAAAAAAUAAUGUAA